AACUUACAAGAAUGCCAGAAAAGAGGAGGACAUCAGUUGUUCAUCCGAUCACUGAUUUUCCUACUUGUGAUAAGUGCCCGAAAAAUGAACCAACAUUUUUUGAUCCAGACUGUGAAGGUUGUAUGGAGAUUUUGUCAAAGGAGGACACAUCCAUAUCCGAAAUAUUCGCUAUCGUGAGACAAUGGGUACCGCAAGUGCAAAAAAAUUUGGAAAAAUUUGUUCACGAGAUAACACGACGUGGUGGAGGUAUCAAUGACCGCGAUGGUUUAACUGACAUGACGUUACUUCAUUAUGCUUGUAAAUCUGGAUCUGUGGGUAUUGGUGAUGUUGAUAAUGCAACUGCUUUGGUUACUGAACUCAUUUCUCAGGGAGCAGAUCCUUCUAUAAGAUGUCGAUGGACGGACAUGCUUCCCAUACAUUAUUCUGCUUUCUUUAACUGUGCGCCCGUGAUCAGAGUACUGUUAAAAGCCAGCGGUGGUAGAGAUAUUGACGCCACUAGUUCUGGGUUUGAUAAUGGAACAAUACUUCAUAUAGCCGCGAGCAAUCUGUGUUUGGACUCUGCCAAGUGUUUGCUGCAACAUGGCGCCAAUGCAUUUGUCAAAGAUGAUCAGAAUAGAACAGCAUUAAAUACAAUCCCAGAAGCAAAUACUUUUGAGCGUUCUUCGCCAUCGUUAGUUAUUGCCAACAAACUAAGAAGAUUACUAAAUGAGGCCGAGACAAGUGGUAGUGAAUCAGGGAUGGAGUCAGCUACAGAUUCAUCUGUAAAUAUGUCGGAUAUAAUUGGAUUGAAAAUUGGUGAUCACGUUAUAGUUGGUGGCACUAAGAUGGGUAUAUUACGAUACUGUGGCAGUACAGAUUUCGCUAAAGGUCAGUGGGCUGGAGUUGAACUCAACGAUCCAGUUGGAAAGAACGAUGGAUCAGUAGGCGGGAAAAACUACUUUCACUGUAAACCAAAACACGGAUUAUUUUGUCCUGUUUCUAAAAUCUCCAUACCGAAACCACAUAAUCAUGCGAUAAAAACACGACCUAACUCUGUUAAACUUAACACGAACCUCACACGUAUCGUACCUUCCAAACGUUCGACAAGUGGUUCGUUACCAGGCUCUCGUUCUUCUUCCCGGUCACCUUCACCUCAACCUACACAGAAAACAGAGGAAAACACGAACAUCAAGGUCGGGGAUAGACUUGUUAUGUUGAAUGAUAACAGGAGAAGAGGUAUCACUAGAUAUGUUGGUGAAACACAGUUUUCAUCCGGUCUUUGGAUAGGAGUAGAGUUGGACACAAGUAUGGGCAAAAACGAUGGUUCAGUAAACGGCAUUCGAUAUUUUGUUGUAAACCCAAUCAUGGCAUCUUUCUCAUCCCUCCAAAUUCGUGAUGUAUGUUGUAAAGAUGUUGUUCAUGAUAACGAGAAAGAUGUACAAGAACGACCGUCAUUAGCAAAAUCAAAGGAGAUUAGUAUCUCAGAUGAUGCAAUCAACCAACCUCAACAGACUGUUAACGACGAUAGUGGGAUAAACAGAGAUAAAACGAAAAGUAGAUUAAGUUUAUUGAAUAGACGUCUAUCCAACUCGGUUCCUGAUCUCACUCAGAAACGCCAUAAACAAUUACAUUCCCGUCGGGAAAGUGGUAUACCUAGAUUCAAACGUACGGCUACCAAGAAGAACAAUUCAGACAGUGAAAACGUCAGUAAAAAUUCAUCAUAG